AUGCAUACUACCGAUAAUAUUCAGUUGGAAAUGGAAGAACCACUGAGAGUACAAGUAGAGAAUCCAGUAUCUACUAAAAAAAAUACUGUCUGUUUGAGAUUUCGACGAUUCUUCACUCUUGAUGUUCUACCAAAUGAAAAACAUUAUUAUCCAAUAUUUAUUAUCAUUAUAUCUAUCUUACAUAUUUCCAUUCAUUUGACAACAUACGUCAACAUCCGAUGGAGAUAUCAAGAUUUUAAAUCUUCAUUACAUGAUCUUUGGAGAUUUUAUAUCCCAUGUAUGCGACCAACACCUUACCAUAUUCGUAUGUAUACCAUGAAGUACAGACCAUCGGCACGAAAUGUCACAUAUUAUUAUGGUGAUGAACUCAAACACAAAUGUUUCUCUUUUCUAUAUCCACAUCAACUAUGGAGAUUAAUUACUGUUAAUCUAAUUCAUGCUAAUUGGUUACAUUUAUUAGUUAAUUUGUCAAAACAACUACUGUGUGGUAUUUUACUCGAACGGAAAUACGGUUCACUUCGGAUAGUUAUUGUCUACUGGCUUUCAAAUCUAGGCGCACUUCUAUCAUCUGCUAUGUUGGCAGAUAGUCGACAAGGUAGUGUGGGAGCAUCCGGUGCUAUAUAUGGUCUACUAUUAUUUUUCACUGUGGAACGUCUCAAUACAAUGAAAACAAAUAUCCAUCAUCGCCUUUUAAUAGUGAUGCAAUUAAUUAUAUUUGUUGCAUUUCCUAUAAUUAUCGUCACGUCUGUUGCAACUAUUCUUCACGUUAAUGUGGUACAUUCAGCUCAUCUUGGUGGUGGUUUGGUAGGUUUUCUGUUUGGUAUCGGUAUGUUUGGUUGUCCAUGUUCAUAUUCAUGGAAUAAUAAUUAUUGUAACUUUCAAUUGGCAUGCCGAUGGAUAGCAUUUAUUUUUAUUUUUACCUAUUUUGUCGUUACUUUCACUAUUUUUUUUCGAAUGCACGCUCCGUUUGCAUUUAAGUCAUGA